AUGGAUAUCAAGCCCAUCCCCGCCUUCUACUGCUGUUAUCUUCUCCGCUCUACUGUGCGGCACUCAAGCCUCUACAUCGGUUCCUCGCCAGACCCAGCACGUCGUCUUGCUCAGCACAAUGGUCGAGUCCAAGGUGGCGCCGUGCGGACUUCCCGCGCCAGCCUUCGUCCCUGGGAAAUGGCCUGUAUCAUCGCCGGGUUCCCCUCCAAUAUCGCAGCGUUGCAAUUUGAGUGGGCAUGGCAUAAUGCACACUUGACUCGCCACAUUUCGCCGGAGCAGCGCCUCUCCUUUGCCACAACCCGAACGAAGACCUCCAAAACCGGGAAAGUCACCAGGAGACCGGGGCGACCAAGAACUUCUUUGAUUGACAAGUUAUCAAAUCUCCAUCUACUACUGCGAGCACCCUAUUUCUCCAAGUGGCCACUUGAAGUGCGCUUCUUCUGUGAGGAUGUUUAUCGUUCGUGGUCGACCUGGUCCGGACGCAUUGAUGCUCAGAUCAGACCGGGAAUUAGAGUGAGUUUUGACCCGGCAGAACCCAUGCCUCAACAACCAGACGAGGUGGAGUUCACCUCUGCUCAGCCGCACCCGACCCAAAGGAAGAGGAAAGCCGAUUUAAUCGGAAAAGGUGGUGUUGAAGGUGUUGAUCCGACAUACGCCCGACUCAAAGGUGUCUUUGAUAAGAGCCAAUUUCUUCUCGAUGAAGGCGAUAAUCAGAAUUGUUCGGUAUGCAGAGAGACGAUUGAUCUUCGCAAGAGCAUCUUCGUUAUCUGUCACACGCACGAUUGCCAGGGCAUGUCACAUAUCAGAUGUCUCGCGGAUAAAGCUCUGCAGGAAACCCAGUCAACUUCAAAUAUCGUCCCAGAAACUGCGACAUGCCCGAGCUGCCAGCAGGAGCACGCUUGGUUGGAACUGAUGCAGCAGGUCACUCUUAGAAACAGGGGCGUAAAAGAGAUCCAAAAACUCAUGGGUAAGAGGGGUAAAAGCACAGCGAUCACGGCAGGAGAAAUAAUGGAGACCGACAGUGAAGACGAUGUUUCUUUGGACAGCGAAGAAGAAGCGCUCACCUCUAAAAUUGUAGUUGACGACGCUGAGAUCAGCUGUGACGAUGGGGACGAUGAAGACAGGCUGUCCGUUGCAUCUGCCGACUCCCUCACAAGUGUGGCGUCCAACGUGUCGAGUGGACUGACGGUUAAGCCAUGCGCUGCCACGAGGGAUCCUAAGAGGCUCCAAAUAGUUAUAGAAGAUAGCGAAGAUGAAGGAUGA